GAACGGUCAAGCUCAGUCUACAGAUGGAUUGGAGUUAAUGGAGAAUACUUCCCCAUUUUUGCGUAAACCAAAACCCAUUUAUCCGGUGCAUAUGAAAGAACGUCAAAUUGCACAUAUUGAAUCUAUUAAUAAGAAUCCAAAUGAAUCUGUUACUUUUAGAAAUAAUUUACCUACUGAUUCCUCGGCCUCAUCAUCAGGUUUAGUAUCCUCCUUGCCGUACCCUACAUCUCCAUCUCUUGCAUCAUCAUCGUUAGUGUUAUCCCCAAAACAUUCACCAACAUUAUCAAUGUUACCUCCAUUAUCUAAGUCAAUAACUGCAUCCCCAAAACAUUCUUCAUUACCAACAUUACCAUCAUUAUCUUUAAUGCCAUCAUUAUCAACAUCUUCUUCAUCAAUGUCUUCAUCAACUAAUUCAUCAUUUGGUCCAUCUCAAUUUUGGCGGAAACCAAGCAUAACAAAUUUUUCUCAUUCAUAUUUAACUUCUAAUAAUGGUUCAACUUGUUCACAUUCAACAUUUUUAAAUGGUCAUUCAUAUCAUGCGACUUGGAAUUAUUCAUAUCCAAAACCUUCGAAUAAUAAUAAUUCUGAUUCAUCUUGUUUGGAUAAAAAACCUAUUCAUCAGUCUUCAUCAAAUUCAAAUAAGGGUCCUAUUCUUCCAGAUUUAACAACUUUAAAUAAGAGUCAUUAUACUUCCGGUCCACAAAGCUCCCUAAACAAGGAAUCUAUGUUAUCAAAUCGAUUUGAUUCAAAUUCCACUCGGAAUAAUUCUGAACAUGGAUCAAUGCAUUAUUUUCUUCCACCAUUACAAUUACCUCAAAGAUUUCAUUUACCACAACCAAAUGCGUUGCCUCCGUUACAACCGAUAAGCGAUUCGCAUUAUAUACCACCACUGCCACCUCAAGAUAAUCGAAGAUCAUCAGAACGGACACAACAAAUGCCAUCGAUAACUCCUAAAAUUAAUAAUGAGGUUACCGUUUUAUCUCCGCCUAGCAAACGUGAUGUAACAAGUGAUUCAUGUGGAAUAACAACAUCUAACUAUUGUGAUUCCGAAAAAGAGAAAAAUAAAUCAGUGGCAUCAGAAAGCAAGUCAGUUUCCCAAGGGAAUAAGUUAACCCCGCGUUUCGUUCCAAUUAAAGCAUACCCUCCGACUGAUACUGUUAAAAAAUCUUCAGCUUAUGGUACACGAGGUCGAAGUACAUCAAGUGCAAAAACGCGUCAUUCAACUGAUGGCAGUGGUGCUGUAACAUAUCAAGCAUUGAAUCGUCGUUCUACUCAUACAAAUAGAAAUACACAUGGUCAUGGUGUACAUCAAACAUCAUGUCAGCAAAUUAAACCUAUUAAUGGUACGGUUGAUCAACAAAAUUCAUACAAUUAUUCUUAUAAUUAUGAUGUAAUGGAUA